AUGACGCCGCCCUGCCACUCCUUCCCAGCCUCGGAGCUGCCCCUCAAGGCCCAGCACGACGCCCGCGGCCGGCGGCGCAAGCUCGACGGCAGCGCGCUGCUCGACCUCUCGGCCUGCCCGCUGCUGCAGAUGCUGCAGUACAAGUGCGAGGUGCAGCGGCCGGCGGUGCGCGACAGCCCGGUGCAGUGCUUUGCCGUGCAGCGCCUCUUUCGCAAAUGCAAGGAUAAAAAAUCGUCCUUCAUGGUCGAGACGACGGCGUGGGAGGGCAAGGCCGGAUGGGACGACGGCCCGGCCAAGCCCGCCGACGACGCAGCCGAGCCGCCGAAGCCGUACCAGUGGUCUUCCAAUUGGCACGACGCCGACGAGGCCCCGAGGUGA